CUCCCAGCGAGAACGGCGUGGGUUUAUCCAAAUAAAUAAAAGGGAAUUGAACAAGAAUCAUGUGCCUUAAUAUUUCACUUGGCUGCUGUGGCCGCUCCUCCUCGAAGCAAAAAAAACAACAGCAGCAGGAGCAGCACCAGCCAAAGCUAUCGCCCUCCGAAACGUCGUUGUGUUGCCAGGUGACCACCAGCCAGCCAUCGCUGACCAGCAUGAGUCCCAGCCUGAAGGUGCUGCCACCCAGGAUCGCCACAUCGAGCACCUUGAGCUCCUGGGCCGCCGAGGAGCAGCUCUACGCCGUCGACAACGAGGAGCGCACGCCCACGCGGUGGACAGCCUGGUGGCUCCAAGGAGACUCCGAUGGCGACCAAGAGAAGAAGACCGAAUCCUCACCUCAAAGCUAAAGAAUUAGCAGCAGGAAAUUACUUAAAUAGCUUCCAAACAUUAAUAAAGACUUUCUCAAAAACGAA